GAAUGAUAAUAUCUUAUAGAAGAAUUUAUGUAACCUUUAGAUAUCUGUAAGAGAUAAGAUCCAGUUUUACAAUUAUUUUCCUGUAGAUAUAAAGGUUUUCAUCAUGUAUAAGCUAAUAAUUAUUGUUUUCGUUGGAUUUAUAUUUUCGGCAGAUUCAUUUAUUUUCAAUGUAAAUGAGUGUACUACUGACGAUGACUGUACUAAUGGAUGUUGUAUGAAAAGUGCAAGCACCAGUAUACUUGGUACUCAUCCAAAACGAUGCGAGAAAUAUCUACUUCCGGGCGCAUCUUGUUAUGUUGGAGAUAUGUACCACUGCGGCUGCGACAAAAAUAGCACGUGCGAGGUAAUUUCAACGGCAGGUGUUGCUAUUGAAGCAGGUUCAAAGGUUAAAGGAUAUUGCAAACCAGCUGAUGGAAAUGGUCCCCAAAUUGCUGUAGAAGGAGGUCGCUGAAACAUAGAGAAAAAGGAAAUUAAAAAUGUAACAUAAUGUCAAA